AUGGUAAUGGAUAGGAUUGGUCUUGGGGUGGUGGAAGAUAAGGUUGAGACUGAGGUGGCGGAAGAUAAGGUUGAGACUGAGGUAUUGGUGGAUGAUAGGGUUGAUUUUGAGGUGUCGGUGGAUAUAAUUGACUUUGAGGUGGAGGUGGAUAUAAUUGACUUUGAGGAGGUGGAUAUAAUUGACUUUGAGGUGGAGGUGGAUAAGGUUGACUUUGAGGUGGAGGUGGAUAAGGUUGACUUUGAGGUGGAGGUGGAUAAG